AUACCCUAGCCAAUCCCAAACCAAAUCCACCAAAACCCAGCCGCCAUCGCCCCCUUCCUCGCCACCGCCAUCCACUCUACCACCGAUCUCCUCACCCACCACCAUCGACGGCGACUACCUCCACCGUUGCAAUGUCCCACCGUGACUCCUCCAUUGGCUCAUCCACUGCCACCGCGUCGUCCACCACCGGCGGUGGCCUCUCCUCCCUGUUCCCCAACCUCGACGUCCCCCUCUCUUCCCCUCAAUCCACCGAUCCACGCCGCCACAGCCCCCCUCUUUUCCCCUCUCUCCAUCGCUCUCGCUCCCCCUCAACAGCCGCCGCAUCUUUGUCAGGACAGCGACACUCGCUGCCCUCCGCUCACUCUUGUCCGGGCCGCCCCCGUUCUUCGCCUGCGCGCCCGCCUCUGCGCCGCCAGAUCACCAUCGUCCGGAGUCGCCGGGGCCGUUGUCCUCACCUGCCAAGCCGAUCUCCUACGCGUUGCCGGUGGGAUUUGCAACAGGGAUGGCGUCGUGCCCUGCUCGUCUCUCCACAGCAGUCGGCGCCGAUCCCCUGCCUCUCCCACGCCUUGCGUUGGCCUGGCACCACCCCCUCGCCUCUGCAUCGCCUUGCAUCGGGCUGCUCCUCCGUCGGCAGAUCCCAACGCCGACAUAUCAAGGACUCCGCCUCGCUGCCGUCAAGGUGGUGGAGGUGGUUGCCUCCGGAGUCCCUGUGAUGACGGCAACGCAGCUCGGCCACGUUGAUUGCUUGGAUGCGGCUCAGCAAAUGCCUGGCGGGUAGCGAUUGUUGCGCUCAGGUUUUCUUUCUUUGUUGCUAAUACUGGGUCCUUAUUUCUUUCUUUGCUUACUAACUUCUGGAUCCCUAUAUCUUCUGACUUUUUUUUUUUGCAGCAGUCGAGCCUUUGGGCUGCCUUCCUCUUCCCCAUUUUUCUUUACUAGUGAGCGUGCACGUGCAAGGCACGUCAUCACGUCGAUACCUAUUGAAUGGAAUCAAAUUAGAAGGAGACUGCUGAGUCUUGAUACUAAUAAACAUAUACUUACUCAUAAAUAUGUGAUUACUCCAUAUAGCUCUAAAAAGAAAAAUACGUACUCAUAAAUAUGUGAUUAUUUCAUAUAGCUCUAAAAAUAAGUUGGAUAAUUCGUCACGAUUGCUUUCAAUUGAUCAAACACGUUGGAGUCUCCAAUUUGAACAAAAUUCUUUCUAAACUUGAACUCAAAUUCCUUUACAAUGGAACCGACGUCAAACAUCAACUUUCAAGUAUCCUUUCAUUAUUUUACAAAUAUUACAAUUUAGGCAGGCUGAAAAGAAAAUUAGAGACCAUUUAUCUAUAAUAUGCUUGUUUUGUGAGAAAAAAAUCAACCGAUUUUCAAUUGAUCUACACCGCGCUUCUGAGUUCUUACAUGUAUAUCCUAACGGCAUAGAUUGGCCGAUGGCAGCAUAAGCAUACAAAAGGACAUAUACAACUAUAAUUACACUAAAUAAAUGGCAUAACAUGAACUAUUUUUUUUGAUUUAAUAAGAUUAACAGUCUCAUUUCCAGCAUGUGCUUGCUGCCGACGUUGUUGGUUGACUGCUUCCUCAUACUGAAGUAGACCUGGUAGCUCAGCAAGACUGCAACGCCCUGCUCGCUGAACACCCGAAGUCAGUGCAUAAAGACCAUAUUUUCUCGUGUUAGUUCGUGAGAUCUUCUCAAUAUUACCUCUGAUGAAACAAGACGUGGCUUCAUAAGCUGCUGCCCCUCCACACGCAACUGCUAUGGAACCACGACAAAGUUUUCUGUCACCUGUUAUCCUGGUGAGAACUGUCUCAUUUUGGAACUGAAUCUAGCAAGGACAGUACUUUGGACCUGUAGCGCGCAUAUUAUGAAUUUUGAUACUAAAACUUCUUACCGAGCAACAACUCAUUGUAGGCCCCUGAGAUGUUGCUUUGCAAAGUCCUCAUGUAGAUAUAUAUAUAUAUAUACAAGUUACAAAAUGAAAUUAUUUUGAUUAACAGUAUAUGCACUACUGAAAUAGUGAUAGCAGAGCACUAUAUGAAUUGGCAUUAGCACUCCAAAUAUUAUGUAGUGAGUCAGGCAACAUGAUGUACCAAAGUUAAUUAGAACUUAAUCGAGAUUCCUUAUGAAUUACGAUGUGAUUCAGAUAUUCUAUUAGAACUUAAGUGAAA